GAGGGAACAGCAGCACGUCAGAUAGGUGCCACCAUUGCACCAUGGACGUGGAAGCGAGCGAUUCCCAUAACCGGUUUUGUACCAGAAUAAUACUUUGUUCCGAUUCGGUACUGCCGAGCUGCCAGGCGUGUUGACCCAUUGACCGGUACUCUUCUCGACGGAUCCAAGAUGCGAGAGACUGCCGGACGUACACACAGCCUCAACAGAUUCCUUCUAUCUAUCCAAUGUAGAGUCAAGCUGGGAUCUGGCCAUAUGGGCAUACGAUCGCAAGGUACGCCGACAAUACAAUUCCGUAAAUUCCAGAACGUCGGACCCUUGGAAAUACGAGUUUCACCGCAUUGGUGGCCAGAACUUUUCGGAGAGAAGGCGUUAAUUCUCACUAACAGGUAAAGAUUGUCAUGAGACGAUUUAAGCUCGGCCAGGCACCAAAAGCCGCAUUGCUAGGUGUGAAAAGUCCCUCGGCAUCAGCGACUUAAUGUCCAGAGGCAAACGCUUGCAAAAGCAGCCU